AUAUUUGACAAUCAAUCGAAUAUUCGGUUAUUCGCCUAUUCGGCACAGCCCUAGUUAUUAGAGACGAUGAAGACAAGCACAGCACAUCUUUGUCAGAAAGUUUGAGUAAAGACGCACGGAAUCAAGCCGGUGCACCUAACUUCAAAGAAACAGCCACGCAGUUAAAGCAACUGAGUGUACCUGAUGCGUUCCAAAAAUUGAACAGGAAGGGGACAAGGUAUUAUAUCAAGACAUAUUACCCUGCCGUGCCUGCUGAGAUUGUGCACAUACAGGUAGAUGUUUACGCUACCUACUACCUAGAGUGGACAUUUUUUUAUUUUCAUGUACCAUAAGAACUUGGUGAAAAUACUUUUUUCUUUGCAAAGUGAACCCUCUUUGAAGCUGGAUGUUUGUUGGUCUUGCCAUCUACCUUUUCCGUUUUCCUCAGAUAAUUUGAACCUUGCACAAUGCUCAUAAAACUGUUCUAGAAAGGGGGGUGUAACCUUGUGUGGAUCUGUCCUUUAAGUCCGCAGGUUCCUACAGCCUUCAUUAUGCGGGCCUCUUUUGUCCAGGGGUCCACAUCUAGAUGUAAGACACCUUUUAGCUGAUCAUGGGUGACUCAUCCUCUGAGAUUCCUGUCAUUGACUUCAGCGCCUACCGUCUGUCUCUGGACAAACCUGACCCCAGUCAGUUUCAGAAGCUUGUUGAUGAUGUACACAAUGCGCUGACGACCAUUGGCUUCUUCUUCAUUGUCAACACAGACUUCCCUCAGGAUAAGGUGGAGGAGUUGUACAAGGUCUCUAAGCAAUAUUUUGAUCUGCCUCUUGAAGUAAAGCUUCAAUGUCCACGCCCUCAAGGCUCUGCCCAUGGUUACGUGAAAGUAGACAACGAGUGCACUAAUCCUGACCGACCUCAUGGUGACCUCAAAGAAAAUUUCAACUACUGCCCUCAAACAGCAGGUGCUGCCUGGCCUUUGGAAUCAGACUGUCCUGGCUUCAAGACCGCGAUGUGUGAUUUCUUUGACCUGUGCCUGCCUCUUUGUCACAGAAUCCUGGAGAUCAUGGCACAUGGACUCAAACUUGAGGACCCUUUGUACUUUGUAAAGCACCACCAGAAGGCCGGGAAAGACAGUGCCAUGACUCUGAGAACACUCUACUACCCUCCACUCAGCAGCUUCAAGGUCAAGGAGCAGCAGGUGCGAUGUGGUGAACACUCAGACUUUGGCUCAGUCACACUUCUGUUUCAACAAACACCAGGAUUACUGGUUCGAAAUAUCGAUGGCAGUUAUAUUAAAGUGCCCAUGGUCGAGGCCGGUAUUCUGAUCAACACUGGCAGCUUGAUGGCACGAUGGACUUCAGACAUGUACCCUGCCACUAAGCACUGUGUGUUUAUGGACAACACACCAGAAGAAAUGGAGAAAUCUCGUCAGUCCAUCGCUUUCUUUGGUUACCCUGACAACGAUGCCAUCAUCGAGUGUGUGGACAAGAGCAACAAGUACCCACCCAUGUCUGCUUUGAAUUAUUUGAAAUUCCGACUCAAUCAACUCUACCACACUCCCCAGUCGUAAUUUUGUUUUUCAAAAUGGGGCAAGUUUACCCUUGGCAGAAAAUUUGAAGAGGAUUUUUUUCUUUCACUUCUUUAUGGUUUAGAGGUAUAGUUCUUUAAUUUCGGCAAUUUGAGCAAUACUGCCUAAAAGAGAGUGCAUUCGUGUACAUGUAUACUUCUACAAGUGUCUCAGUGGAUUGGCAGCACAAGGUGUUACUUUUGUCUUUUUGGUUCAUUUACUCUCGUUGCAGACAGGCGUUCUAGAGUCAUGCUGAACCAAAUUAAAAGCAAGUUUGAAUUAAGUAUGAAAAAAGUCUAAUGCCUGAAACAAUUAGGAGCAACCGAGCAUACUAACAGGCAAAAAAUCAUCAAUUCUUUGAAGCAUUCGGAACGACACCAGAGCGACUUGCUUUCAGACGUCAAUCUUUUCAUAGGCCAAACCCAUUGCAAAUGUGUAUGUAUGUAUUAAAUUUGUCUGUCUGGAAACUAACAUUUAAUUGGGUCGACCAGAGUCGCUCUUAAUUCUAUUUGGUUUGGCAUGACCCCAGAAUGCCUGUCUGAAAUGGAUGUUAUAGUCACAGAUUUCAACGUAAAGAUGCGCUGUUUGACCGAGGUUUAAUUGUUAGGAUGGUCCACAGCUUUCUGUCAUUUAAUACAAAGUAUUUAUUUUGUACAUAUGUGUCAAUGAAAGCAAACACCUCCGUAUUCUGCCUUGGACAUGUUCAUUUGAGCUACAAACUGUCUUACCGUAUUUUGCUCAUGUUUAAAUGGUUCUGUGGACAUUAAGUUCCAGUUCAGAGACGAAAUAUGAAUUCCCUCGCUCGGACACUUACUAAAUUUGUCAGUUUUGCUCAUUUUAUUUCAUUGCUAUCUUGCCAAAUCUAUAUCUUGCAAGUGAAAUAAUUGAAAUUGAAGAAAUGUCCAGUAACUUGUCACAUUUUCCUUCCAGCAUUUUUUUAAGCAUUUUGGUUAGAAUUUUACAAACUGACACAUUUUUGCUGACCAAAUCCUUGAAAUGAAAUUUAUGCAAUAACAUCUCUAUUCUUAAAUUUUUGGAUUGCCUGUUUGAGAAAUAAGUCACAUUUGGUAAAGGGUUAAUUAACACUGAUUUUUUUGAAAAUUGGGAUUUGAAAUGAGCGUAUUUCAGAAUUGUGAACUGACUGCCAAAUUGAAAAAAUAAAACUAUAAAUCAGAUUGAUAACGA